AUGGCUAAAAAACUCUGCAUUAACGAGCAGGAUUUCUCAGAUACACAGUUUUCUGUACGUAUAAUGAUCUUCUAUACAGUGAUGAAGAGGUGGUUUUGCUCUAUCUUUUCUUCGGUUUCUACAGAAUCUGGGCUUCUGUUUGUACUGGUGAAGAAAAUUACCACAGCUCUAGUUACAUGUAUUUUUGCUUUAGGUGGUGCUACCAUUGGAGCAGUUACAGGAGGAAUCAAAGGCCAGACUACAGAAACCGGUCUACUGCAUGGAAUCGGGAUCGGCAUGGUGGCAGGGGCCAUCACAGCCGUCCAAUUGAUGGAUCUUAUAGUUGAUGGAGAGCCAUUUUCCAAGGUUGCACUAAUCUGCAGUCUAAUGAAUGGAAAGAUCUUUAUGGAAUGGGUGAGCCCUGCAGUGUUCAAAGCCUAUCAAUGGCAGAUUAGCAAUAUAGAUACAACUUUAUUGGAGAUUUCAGACAUUUUUGAUGUCAAUGCAACCAGAGGAUUACCUCAGGAUAUAAUCAAGAAGUUACCACAUUACACAUUUUAUUCUGCACAGAGGAACACAUUGCCACAAGAGAAAAUUUGUGCAAUUUGCUUACAGGAUUUCAGGGAUGGGGAAUGUGCAAAAAUGCUACCAAUCUGUGGACAUUCCUUUCACCUGCACUGCAUAGAUGACUGGCUUUUCCGGCGGGGUACCUGUCCAUUGUGUAGAAAUGAAGUUUGA